CACGAGGCCUGUGCGUUAAAGCGGAAGUAGAGAAGAAAACAACGACGGCGGCGACUCCCGAGAGUUGACGAGCAGGAGAAAACAGGGCAGAGGUUCUGUUCAACGGUUCAACGCCGGUGCCGCUGGGGUUGAUUCAGAACACGGUUCGAUCCCCCUCCGUCCUACUUCACACUUUGAAUUUCGUUUGACCGCGCCGCGAUGUCGCUGAUCGCCAGGAUGUUCGGCGGCGGGGGAAAGGGUGCGAAGGCGCCCACGACGCAGGAGGCGAUCCAGCGCCUGCGGGAGACCGAGGAGAUGUUGACCAAGAAGCAGGAGUUCCUGGAGAAGAAGAUCGAGCAGGAGCUCGCGACGGCGAAGAAGAACGGCACGAAGAACAAACGAGCGGCUCUGCAGGCCUUGAAGAGGAAAAAGCGCUACGAGAAGCAGCUGGCCCAGAUCGACGGAACGCUGUCGACCAUCGAGUUCCAGAGAGAGGCCAUCGAGAACGCCAACACCAACACAGAAGUGCUCAAGACCAUGGGCUUCGCCGCCAAGGCACUGGAGGGCGCACACAAACACAUGGACAUUGACAAAGUGGACGAUCUGAUGGCGGACAUCACGGAACAGCAGGAAUUAGCUCAGGAAAUCUCCGAUGUCAUCUCCAGACCAGUCGGCCCCAUGGGAGAAGACUUUGAUGAGGAUGAGCUUUUGGCUGAGCUGGAGGAAAUGGAACAGGAGGAGCUGGACAACAAUCUCCUGGAAAUCCAGGGAACGGAAGACGUUCCUCUGCCCAGUGUACCAUCCACAUCGCUUCCAUCGAGACCUGCCCAGAAGAAGGAGGAAGAAGACCUAGACGACUUUUCGGAGCUUGAGGCCUGGGCGGCUAACUAAGCUAGCUCGCCAUGCUAGCUAGCUAGUUGGCGCCGCUCUCCUGCCUGUCUCUCCGCCACCAGACGGGUGCCGUCCAUCUGGAGGACGGACAGAGACUCUGGGCUCCUGAGCUGGCUGCUUCUAUCUGUCCCACAGUUUGACACCCCGAUAUCUAACCAUAGCCAAACCCUAAAGUACGCACUUGUGCACACGUUUGCUGACCCAGGCUACUCUCUCCAGAUUAAUGUAACAGUAAGAAUCACUUUUGCUCCAGCUGCACACUCCUCAGUUUCUAAAAGGGCAUAGAGUUAUGGAAGGUAAAUGUCAUCCCCCCCCCCCCCCCAACUAACAGCCUGCGGUUAUGUUUACCGAGGUGCUCAUUUUUUUAAUAUAAAAAUAGGCCAUGAACGAACACCAGGGCAGGAGCAAGUGCAAAUGCGUACUUUCUAGGGAAGGUGGCGUGUGGAGGAACAGUACUAAAAUGCUUAUUUCAGACAGGACGACAUGACUCUUGCCUUUCCUCUGCUUCCUGUGCUGUCAUGUCUCCCGCUCUGCUGAGAUGGUGACGACGACGACAACAAGCCUUCAUCCACACCAUCUCCACUACAUCUCAAACUGCUGCAACGACAAAAAGAUUAUUUGGUAAAAGUCUGAAGGACUUUCUCACUGAGACGUCACUGUCAAAUUAAUUACAAAAGCGAAGACGCGUUACUGACGCGUGACUUCGCAGUUCCGAUGAAACGUCUUGUAACCGGGAGGAUCCAGGGUCCACGGGCAAAUCCCGUUUAAUCAGACGACUUACUAAAAUGUAGAGAAUGUGAAAGAAUAAAAAUAAAACUUUCGGAGGAUUCAGAGUGUCGUUGAUGCUGGUGCUUGGUUUCCGCUGAUGAAACGUCCCAAUUCAAAUUGCCAAACAUACAAAAUGUUUAAAAACGCCCAUUCAGUGACAAUUGUGAUUGUGACUAGUGGAUGAGACUGGAAAAGUUGAACAUUUUCAUCGUAAUUCAACUGCUUUUAGGAUAUUUGUAGGUGUUUAAAGGUGACUUAUUAUGCAAAAAUCCUGUCAGUGUUUGUGCACAUAAAUGUGUGUGUCUGUGGAGCCUGUCGGCCCACAAACUGUGAACAAAGACCACCCUGUCGUUUUUUUGGGAGCUGGCUAAACCCUCCAGCCUGGUUCUGAACAGCUAGUCUGAAUUUCUCUCCCACUGUGAUGUCACAGACGGACUCUUUUGGGGUUUAAGACCGCCUGCAAUCUGAGAAUCUCCACUUCUCUGCUGAAGGGGGGCCUACAUUUCAUACACAUUUUUGAAAUCGGUUGACCAAUGAACAGCAGACUGGGCCCGGCUGGCCAAUCAGAGCAAACUGGGGUUUAUUAUCGGUAGGGGGAGGGGCAAGUUGAAAGUAUGAACCUAAAUAUGAGCAUAAUAUGUCACCUUUAAGAGGAAAAAAAUAAUUAAUAUUUUACCCCCAUAAAAAUUUGUGGAAAGUGAGUCUUAAUUUUUCUUUGAUUAUCAUUUUAAAAUGUCUUGGUGAACUGAUACCAAAAUAAAACUACAAGAUCAAAUGGAUUCCCCAUCGAUAGCUUCCCCGACGAACUAAAGGUACCUUGUAAUAUUUUGACAGUUCGUACGGCGGAGCUCCAAUAUGGCGGCCAGAGGACACAUUAGUUACAAUUCAAAAUUUGAAAUUGCGCCUCAUCUGUCUGCGGUUCAACUGUGACGUCCUCUGAGAAAAUCCUCCAUCUGCUGAAUUUUUUUAAUAAUCGUGAGUGUGAGAAUGGGUAUGAUGUUUUUUCUCAGCCUCUUGACAAAGUGACCUCUUGUGAAUAUUUAGUCAUAUUGAGACGGUGAGCAGGAUCAUUUUUCUUUUCUCUUCCUUUUGCUCUUCACUCACCUGUAGCACAAAUUUUAUUUGAAUAUUCAAUCUGAAUUUAAAUAUCACUGCGCUGCUACUUGUUCUGUAGCUACACUUCCCUCCUCCCGCCUGCAGACACAAUUAUGCAUGUUCAGAUUUUGGGGGUUGGGGCCAUAAUCAAAACAGCUGGACGCGACUGUAAUGUGAACAUGACGUACGUUUGGAAAUAAACAAUUUUUAAAAAGUAGCAAUUUGAAACUUUUUGCUAAUUUUUUUGGGACUUAAAAAUCACCGUCUAUGUAAAAGUGGGUCGACAUCAAUCCUUUAUAUUUAACAACAAGCUAUCAAGAAGAAGCGUAGAUAUGCUAACGGAGUUUGUUUUUCUUUUUUCGUGUGCGUGUGUGUGUUGCCUCAAAUAUUACUCACGUUCUCUCUGGCUGUACAGAAACAGUGUGACCAGUAGCCAUUCUGCUCAGAGCUGCUUAAAAAGGGGUUGGACAUGGGAGAUUUUUCCGUGUGGCAACCGUGUUGCUCUGUGACUGUUGUCAAUGUCGGGUUGUACACACUUUAUCUUUAAUAAAGUUGGGAUUCAAUGCAA